GUCUGAAUGAUUAAGACCUCUUAUCUGAAUUGAUCAGACAUUUGCCUCUGAAUAGUUAAGCAAUAUACUAGCUCUUAAUGGUUCAGACCUCUUACUGGUUCAGCACUUAAUGGUUCAGACCUCUUACUGGUUCAGCACUUAAUGGUUCAGACUGUUUGUUUCAGUCUCUUAAUGGUUCAGAUGUCUGAAUGGUUAAGAGAUUUGCCUCUGAAUGGUUAAGUAUUAUACAGAGUCUGAAUGAUUAAGACCUCUUAUCUGAAUUGAUCAGACAUUUGCCUCUGAAUAGUUAAGCAAUAUACUAGCUCUUAAUGGUUCAGACCUCUUACUGGUUCAGCACUUAAUGGUUCAGACCUCUUACUGGUUCAGCACUUACCCAUUCAGAAUUUGCCAAACAGCCCUUAGUCUAAAGCCAAAAAAAGAAGAAAAAGUAAAAUGCUAGAGAGGAUUUCUCCUAGAGCUGGGGAAGAAGGGCGGGGGAAACAGAGAGGAUAAAGGGGAGAAAUAUGGAAACAGGGUUUGGGUAUGUAAUAAAUAAAUGGCUGAGAGAAAAAGGGGAAUCAACAGCAAAGAGAUAGGGAAUGGACUACCCAAAGAUACCAAAUUCAACGUUGUAUAAGCUGCGGGAGAUAUUGGCGGAAGAUGAUCCGGUGAGAUUGAAGGCAUUCUUAGAAGAUGAUGAAUCGGAUGUGUGGCUCUCGGAGUACCCGGAGGUGAUGACGGAAUGCCUAUCGUACGGGGCUAAGAAAUGCGCCUUUCUGAUGCUCAGCGGCGAUGUUCGCCACGGGAUUGGUGAGUAUUCUAGACGGGAUGUUCUCCAUCAAGCCUUGGAGAUCCGUACGUGUGACCCCGAAAUUGUCGAGGUUUUAUUCGAGCGUUUUGGUGGCGAGCGGUAUGCAAACACUCUUACUCGUUUCGGUACCCUACCCAUCCACGACUUCAUCUCUAUGCUCACACAGAUCUUCCCUGUGUGCACUUGGAUUCGAGACGGUUCUCUCGUCAAGCUUCUCAUAUUACUUUGUGAUCCUCAACUCCGUAAGAAGCUCCAUUGUUUGCGCUUGCUUGCUAAUUAUACUCACUCCCUCCCUAAGGUUGCUGCUUCCUUUCUCAUUAAUAGUGAUGUUGUCGAGCUUGCUGCCUUGCUUUUGGUCACUCACCCCUUGCUUCUCCAUCAUUUAAAAUCUUGUCAUUUUGAGAAUCAUCCCUCCACAAUGAAGGACAGAAAUGAGAUGGUUUCAUUGGCCGCCGUUGGAAAAUUUCCAAAUCCAAGUGGGUUUGGAUUGAUUGAGAUUUUCGAAAAGGCUGGUGAUUCACUCACCAAUUUCUACACCAAUAUGCCUCAAGAUAUUUCCGGCCAGGAUCUGAUAAAUAGUGUUGCUGAGAUCCUCUUCCGUGAUGCUCAAAUUCCAGUAUCUGAAGAUGAUGUGGACUUGGCCGGAAUUUUGAGUGUGGAACCUGAAAUGAUGCCUUCCAUUCACCAAUGUCUGCUUGGUAAAACCACACUUUUAUUCCGCCAUAAUAAUACAGCUUUCUUUGUUUCAAAAUUAGCCUGCUUGCAGCAAAGUUGAACCAAGCAUGUAUAUAUGUAUAAUGACAAGACUUGUUGUCGUGGGAAAACUUAAAAUCCAUAAUUUGGUUUCCUACCGUCACUGUUCUCAGUCUUUGUGUACAAGGGGAGACACGCGAGAGGACUAGAGGACAUAAACACCCUUGGUCACUUUCAUUCAUAAAAUUCUGACAAACCACCCCGAAUAAAACUAACACACUUCACUGACACAAUUUAAUACUAACCAACUUUUAUUAAAAAAAAUAAUUGAGAGAAGGCCGUGAUGGCCAUCACUGCUGCAAGGGCAACCCUCCCGUGCAUUUGGGGUGGGGGCGUGACGGAGAUGGUCAAGACCUCCUCACGCCAUGAUAACACAUGCCUAACUUCUCUUAUUUUUAUCUUUAACUUGUUUUGUUUUUCUGAACGAACUUCAAUGUAGCCCCUUCCUUAUUACAUCAGUUAUGGUUUAUUCUAAAUCUUUACUUGAUUUUCAUUAAGGGAUGGUUUGGAAAUAUCUCACCUGCUCAAUUACAAGGGUUUCGCAAUGCAAGAUUUGGGCAUAGGAUGGGGAAACAGCCAUAUUCUACUGCAGCCUUGCAGAAUCUCAGAAAAACUGCAAAUUCACAAGCUUGUUUUUCUCCACCUCCAACUUCGACAUUAAGGGUCAUGACAUCUCUGGCAAUGAGACUUGGAAGGGGCCUCAAGCUUCUCUCAUGGCAGGUAUCUAACACGGAGUAAUUCAUUUAGUACAAAACAAAAGGUGACAAGAAUAUUUUAUUUUAUCAAAUACUUAAUGAAAUCACGUAAACAAACAAAUGUAAUCGAAAAGUGAGAGAAAAAUUGUAAU